GUCGAUACCUAGUCACCGACUGGAUGGGAGACUCCGGAGCGACCUGAAGCUUGAAGGCAUACAUCAUGCGAACGUCAUGGCGUCUAUAUGAUGAAGUGCAGCCUCAUGGACAAACUCAUCCUGUCGGCCAACUCAGGUUCUUCCUCACUCAAGAUCUCGCUAUACGCCCUUGCCAGCGAGGGAUUGGAUGAGCCAGUCGGGCUGCUCUUGCAGUCGUCCAUCUCUAAUAUCAGCGCGCCACCUGCGAAGUUUACCUUCAAGACGGUCAAAGGCACUCCCGAAGAGGUCGACGACAAGGUCGAGGUGGACGGCAUUGAUGACCACGCGUCAGCCUUCGAGCACUUCCUCAAACACUUGAAGGACGCUGCUGGAAUCGAGCGCGGACGUAUCUCGCAUGUGUGCCAUCGUGUGGUUCAUGGAGGGGACUACAGGGAUCCGGUCGAGCUGAGCUCGGGUGCGUAUCAUCAUAUUGAGCGAUUGUCGGACUUGGCGCCAUUGCAUAACGGCGCGGCCUUGUCUGUUAUACAGGGCGCAGCGGAUGCGCUACCGGGAGUCAAGUCGAUCGCAUUCUUCGAUACUGCUUUCCACCGCACGAUUCCCCCAUACAUCUCGGCAUACCCGGUUGACCAGACGGUGGCGAAGCAGAGGGGUCUGAAGAAGUACGGCUUCCAUGGCUUGAGUUACUCGUACAUACUGCGCGCAGUCUCCCAGCACUUGCAGAAGCCCGCAUCCUCCCUCAACCUCAUCCUCAUGCACCUUGGUUCCGGUGCCUCCAUCUGCUGCAUCCAAAACGGCCGCUCCCUCGACACCUCCAUGGGCCUCACACCGCUCAGCGGCCUCCCGGGCGCCACCCGCGCUGGUGCUGUUGACCCCUCCCUCAUCUUCCACUACACCAACAAGGCUGGACGCAUCACGCACGAGCCGAGUGCGGCGGUGGACCUGCGCGUCACGCAGGCGGAGGAUAUUCUGAACACGAAGUCGGGCUGGAAGGCACUGUGCGGGACGACGGAUUUCGGGGAAGUGAUACAGAAGGCGUUCGCAGCAGGUGGUGUUGGAAAGGGCAAAAGCGAGGGUAGCGAGCCAGCCUAUGCACCGGGCCCGGAUCUACUGGCUGGCGACCCGUCAUCAGAGAUGUCGCCUGAGCUGCUGGCGUUCAGCAUCUUCGUCGACCGCAUCCAGGGCUACCUCGGCUCCUACUUCCUCAAGCUGCAGGGCAACGUCGACGCGGUGGUCUUCAGCGGGGGGAUCGGAGAGAAGAGUCAGGAGCUGCGCAAGGUUCUGUGCGACAGGAUCACAUGCUUAGGCUUUCGACCGGUGUCGGAGGAGAGAAAUGCGAAGGUAGAUGAGAAGGGUGGCGCCGUGGUGGAAAUAGGGGAGGAGGAGACGGGGAAGAGGAGGUUGUUGGUGUGCCGGACGGAUGAGCAGCUCGAGAUGGCUCGACAGUGCGCGCUGAACGAGAAGUUUUGGUAGACUCAAUGUUUGGAGGACAUAGAAGUGUACUGUAUAGUGAGAGCUUCUUCAUAUGGCUAUCACAGCUUGCACAGCGUCGUCGCUUGCAGGUAUAGCAUCAUAAUCAUAUUCAGAGCUUGCACGUGUAAGCGACCUUCGGAAGGACCACUGUUGAAUUAUAUUCAUACGCUGUGCUCGGAUGGUGGACAUAUACUCACCGCUAUAUCGAUAAGCUAGAGUCUCUGG